UCAGUCAACGGAAAGAAGCGUACGCGUGCGCGAAUGCGUCGCGCGGUCACGCUGUUGGAUCUGCUGUCACGAGCCUUAUCCAUCAGCGAAGUGGAGGCUGGAGAAUUAGAACAGACAUCAAUUAUACAGCACAUUUUACUUCCCACAUUUCGAGCGUGAUAAAGAGAGCCGCGCGGUCAAUUGAUAUCGUGGUCGGCCGUUCACACCGUCUCUUUUAUUCCGGUCAACCGGGGAUGUGGUCCAGUCCUUGAAUGAUAUUGCUACCCAGCUAGCUAGCUGUUAAGCUAGCUCUACGGUGCUUGACUCGAAGUAACACGUUAUAUUCUCGGACACUAUCUUCACCAACACGUCUGACGGCCUCCACCUGAGAGACGUCAAGCAGUCGGUUGUUUUACGUCUGUUGACUGGUUCCGUCCGGUGUUGUGCGCGUCGCGUCUAACGUUAGCUACCGUUAGAUAAGGAUUGAAUGAAAUAUCGUUAGCUUGUUUUAGCCAGCGGAAACGAGACAGUUAACGGGGAUAACGUGAACUUAUCCUGCUGCUCGUUGAUCCACCGCCAUCCAGCUAAUCUGAGCUCGCAACCCGCCCGCGCACAGUGAGUUUGGUCGGUAACAGCCAAUCAUAACGCUGUAACGUUAGCGAACGACUCCGACGACGAAGUAGUUGCCUAACGUUACUACGAAACGUCAAGUUGGCCAUCUGCCAUCCAGCCCGGUGCGAACCGCUGACCGACGUCAGUCCACUUCACGGAUCACGUUAAGGCCGGAGUGAGGACCGGAACCUGCAGAUAUGCCGGCUGUGUCGAAAGGAGAUGGAAUGCGCGGAUUAGCCGUUUUCAUUUCGGACAUAAGAAACUGUAAGAGCAAGGAAGCUGAAAUCAAGCGGAUCAAUAAAGAGCUGGCCAACAUUCGCUCCAAGUUUAAAGGAGACAAGGCUCUCGAUGGCUACAGCAAGAAGAAGUAUGUCUGCAAGUUGCUCUUCAUCUUCCUGCUUGGACAUGACAUUGACUUUGGACACAUGGAGGCAGUCAACCUGCUGAGCUCCAACAAGUACACAGAGAAACAGAUCGGCUACCUGUUCAUCUCAGUGCUGGUGAACAGCAACAGUGAGCUAAUUCGUCUGAUCAACAACGCCAUCAAGAAUGACCUGUCCAGCCGCAACCCCACCUUCAUGUGCUUGGCACUUCACUGCAUCGCCAAUGUGGGGAGCCGUGAGAUGGCCGAGGCCUUCGCCAGUGAGAUCCCUCGGAUCCUGGUUGCUGGUGAUACGAUGGACAGCGUGAAACAGUCCGCUGCCCUGUGUCUGCUGCGGCUCUAUAAGACCUCUCCUGACUUGGUGCUGAUGGGUGAGUGGACAUCACGUGUGGUGCACCUGCUCAAUGAUCAACACAUGGGUGUGGUGACAGCAGCGAUCUCUCUGAUCACCUGUCUGAGCCAGAAGAAUCCAGAUGAGUUCAAGACCUGUGUUUCCCUGGCCGUUUCCCGACUUAGCAGGAUUGUGUCGUCGGCCUCCACUGAUUUACAGGAUUACACCUACUACUUUGUUCCUGCACCCUGGCUCUCUUGCAAGCUGCUGCGUCUGCUGCAGUGCUACCCUCCACCAGAAGAUGGCGCUGUCAAAGGCCGACUGGUAGAGUGUCUGGAGACCAUCCUCAAUAAGGCCCAGGAGCCACCCAAGUCUAAGAAGGUGCAGCACUCCAAUGCCAAAAAUGCUAUCUUGUUUGAGGCUAUCUCCCUGAUAAUCCACUAUGACAGUGAGCCAAACCUGCUGGUGCGAGCCUGUAAUCAGCUGGGCCAGUUCCUGCAGCACAGAGAGACCAACCUGCGCUACCUGGCUCUGGAGAGCAUGUGUACUCUGGCCAGCUCCGAGUUCUCCCAUGAAGCCGUCAAGACGCACAUCGAGACCGUCAUCAACGCCCUCAAGACUGAGAGGGAUGUGAGUGUUCGACAGAGGGCAGCUGAUCUGCUGUAUGCCAUGUGCGAUCGCAGCAACGCCAAGCAGAUCGUAGCCGAGAUGCUCAGCUACCUUGAGACGGCAGACUACUCCAUCAGAGAAGAGAUGGUGCUGAAAGUGGCCAUCCUUGCAGAGAAGUAUGCCGUGGACUACUCCUGGUACGUGGAUACCAUUCUUAACCUCAUCCGCAUUGCUGGCGACUACGUCAGCGAAGAGGUGUGGUAUCGCGUCAUUCAGAUCGUCAUCAACCGAGACGACGUGCAGGGCUACGCCGCCAAGACGGUCUUUGAGGCCUUGCAGGCCCCUGCCUGCCAUGAGAACAUGGUGAAGGUUGGAGGCUACAUCCUGGGAGAGUUUGGUAACCUCAUUGCUGGCGACCCUCGCUCCAGCCCCCUGGUCCAGUUCAACCUUCUCCACUCCAAGUUCCAUCUGUGCUCUGUGCCGACUCGCGCCCUGCUGCUGUCCGCUUACAUCAAGUUUAUCAACCUGUUCCCAGAGACCAAGGCCACCAUCCAGGAGGUGCUGCGCUGCGACAGCCAGAUCCGCAACUCAGAUGUGGAGCUGCAGCAGCGGGCUGUCGAGUACCUGAAGCUCUCUUCCAUUGCUAGCACUGAUGUCCUGGCCACUGUUCUGGAGGAGAUGCCUCCCUUCCCAGAAAGGGAGUCGUCAAUCUUGGCCAAGCUGAAAAAGAAGAAAGGGCCCGGUGCCGUGUCUGUGCCAGAGCUGGACGAUAAAAGGGAGGGCGGGGAGUUGAAUGGAGGGGGCGACAGGGGGCCGGACACAGCAGCCAUGUCUGCCUCCAACGCAUCCACCCCGUCACCAUCCGCAGACCUACUAGGGAUCCGUUCAGCAGCUCCCAUUGGUGCUACGCCAACCAGUACCGGCAGCCUAUUGGUGGAUGUGUUCUCUGAGGCGGGGCCGGCUGCACCCUCUGCUGCUGUGAACGACGACGGCUUCCUCAGCUCUGCUCCUCCCUCUGAGGAUCCUGAUACUCUUCUGUCUGAGGCAGACGAACUUCUUAACAAGUUUGUGUGCAAGAACAACGGGGUUCUGUUUGAGAAUCAGCUGCUACAGAUUGGCAUCAAGUCCGAGUAUCGUCAGAAUCUAGGGAGAAUGUACUUAUUCUACGGGAACAAGACGUCGGUGCAGUUUGCCAGCUUCACCACCACAGUCAGCUGUCCUGGGGAGCUGCAGUCUCAGCUCAACGUUCAGACCAAACCAGUAGAACCACUGGUAGAGGGCGGAGCCCAGAUCCAACAGGUCCUCAACAUCGAGUGUCUGACGGACUUCUCCGAGGCCCCGCUGCUCAACAUCAAGUUCAGAUAUGGUGGAGCGCUGCAGAACCUGAGCCUGAAGCUGCCGGUCACCAUCAACAAGUUCUUUCAGCCAACUGAGAUGACCUCACACGACUUCUUCCAGCGCUGGAAACAGCUGAGCCAGCCUCAACAAGAAGCACAGAAGAUAUUCAAGGCUAACCACGGCAUGGACACUGAAGUCCUGAAGGCGAAGCUUCUGGGACUAGGAACGGCCCUGUUGGACGACGUGGAUCCAAACCCAGAGAACUACGUGUGUGCUGGAGUGAUCCAGACCAAGGGCCAGCAGGUGGGCUGUCUGCUGAGGCUGGAGCCCAACGGCCAGGCACAGAUGUACCGUCUGACCCUGCGUUGCAGCAAGGACUCUGUGUCCAUGCGUCUCUGCGAGCUGCUGGCCCAACAGUUCUAAGAGUCCAGACCUCUACCGUAACCAGUACUCCCACCAGCCCCACCAGCGACCUCUCCCUGGAGCCCCCCCCCCACCCCAACAAAGAAUCUUUGAGUAAAAAAAGGUGUAACCUACAUAAGGGAAAAAGCAGCCACUGCUAGCAGCAGCGGCAAUAUAAUGUUCAUUAUUCUUGUCCCAGAUUCUGAUUCCAUUUCAUCUUCUACUUGUUUAUUAACAUGAUGCUACAUUCUCGUUGUAUUUACCUGUGUAGCUGGAGUGUGCGUGCGUGCGUGUGUGUGUGUGUGCGUGUGCGUGUGUGUGUCCCAUGGUUGUGCUGGGGGUCCCAUUCUGCUCCAUCCUGACUGUGUGUGUACCCUCUGAAUUGGUUGAGCCUUCCUUGAAGUCAAAUGAGUGAAGCUUGCAUACUCAUAUAAACGUGUACACACACGCCCUCGUAUGAGGCCUCCAUGAUUCCUCGUGGAGUGAGACCUGGCGGUCCAGGUCCAGAACUCUGGUCUGUGCUGCUUCUCCCACUCAUUUCCGUCAAGCAUUCCCUGUGAAAAUGCACUUCCGGCGUUGAGACCACUUUGAGACCCUCCAGCGUGAUUCACCUUACUUUUCCCCCGAAUGAACUGACCCCCCCUCCUGGAAACCUUUUAAUGGGGGUCCUCUCAUUUCAAAUAAUUAGCUCACUCGUUUAUGUUAUUGAUGUGUAUGUAAAUACGUGCCAGUGUAUUACUUUAUGGCUUUCUGAGACAUUCCUAUAACCAAGCCACUGGAGUAGAAGGAUGGCACAGAAUGGACGCUCUGUAGAUGACGGGUAGGGAUGAGACUUUUACACCAUUGGAGUCGGCCUCUUCCACCUGGGAGACGGUUCCAGUUGCUUCUGGAAGCGUCUGUGAGUCUGUACACUCGUCAAUCACCUGUAGGAUUCAACAGUUUGGUAGCCAGUGAAGAUGCUGCUGCAGCAGCUAAAUCCAGAACCAACAUAUAUGAGCCUGUUCCAUCCCAGGCUGGACAGAAAACAGUCUAUUACACAUAUAUACACAUUCAUAUUCCUGCUUCUCCAGACAAGCAUUUAUUCAAGAAACCAAUGCAAACAAAUGUGAUGUCUACAUAACCACUACAGUAAAUGUUCUGGGGACUGUGUGUGUGGCUGUGUGUGUGUGGCUGUGGCUGUGUGUGUGUGUGUGUGUGUGUGUGUGUGUGUGGCAGGUAAGAAAAAAGACAUUUCUAAUACAUGGUCACAUUACAUUGUGUGGCUGCACGGUAAUCACAGGACAUUGAACUCUGUAGUGGAAAACGUACUCAUUUUGUCAUUGUGUGUGUGUGUAUGUAUGCAGUAUCCACUAGCUAAUGCAGCCUUGUGUAUCGGUGUUAAGAACCUGUCCAAUACCUGUGUUAGAAAUAAGAUUUACUCUGUAAUGAAAAAAUGUGAAAGUAAAACUAUGCCCUAUAUCCGA